UGUUUGUUGUUUCUUACAUAAGAGAAGUAAAUCGCUUGAGAAGGGGUGACCGACCACAACGAGCUGGACCUGAUUGUCCCUCUAGCCUACGAAGAAAAAGCAAAACAGACGAGACCACGAGUACCAACAAGUCUACCGGGUUUACCAUUACCAUUACCUAUUCAAGCAGCUCUUGUUAAGGCUUACAGAAAUUAGUUCCUACCCUUGUUCCCGAAAGCUUAGGUUUGAAAAAAAUGGAAACAAACCGCGAGGGGGGUUUAGCUUGCACACUCUCGCAGUCGCUUGGAAUGGCCGAAGGCCAUGAACCCUGUGGCUGGGAAGCAGCCAGCGUGCGAGCUUGGGGGAGAAUGGGCAGCCGUCUUCGGCGGGGCUGCCGCGCUUCUCCUGCCGGGCUGGCAGGAGUCGGCCUCACGCUCUUGCUCGUUGAAAGCGAAUCUCUUUGAAGUGCCCUGCUUCUAUUGGAAAUGAAUUACUUGCAACGCCUUGGCAUAGAAAGCAUUUUGUUUGCUGUGCUAGUAUAUUGCAAGUAAUUCGUGUUCAGCGCCAGGUCGUUGAAAGCAACGCGCCUUCAAUAUAAGGGGUCGCCUAGCAGCUGCCACACUUUAGCCUUUCGGAAAUGCGUUCCCAAGGUUUGCCGGAGAAGUACUUUCUCGGGUGUGCGCAGACAUCCCAGGAGUUAGUAUUUGAUGUGGCGAAAAUCCUUGGGAACAAAUUGCUGGAAGUCACCUGCGUAAGAUUUGUGGUCCGAUCGGCAAUACCUAUUGGAGCACAAACCAUACGCAGGUGAGUUACGGAUAUUAGCUCUCAGGAUUUCCGCCGCAUCACGGAAUUCUUGACGCAGCGAAGAUCCUGGGAAAUAAUUUCUGUAAGCUACCUGCGUAAGAUUUGUCUUCUCACUGGUAAUACCGAUCUGGGCACAAAUCUUAUGCAGGUGACUUACAGAAAUUACUUCCCCGGAUUUGCGUGCUGCGUCUCCAAUCGCCUCACUUGGAAACGAGGAUCAUCAGUGUGUCCGAGUGUGGCGACUGGAAACGCAGUACGCAAAUCCCAGGAGUGCAUUUCUUUGAGGCACGAAAGCCGAAGCUGUAGGCGCGCGAGUUCUGCUGUGCUCUUAGGUAAGAAAGCUCGCGCAGCAGCUUUCCCCUCCUGGCCUUCUAGAAGCGUGCGUCUGAACACAUGCACAGAAAGAUCUACUUUUUCUUCUAGGAAGAAAACGCAAACUAGGGGGUUUGCAAAGGGGUCUUCAAAGGGGUCGCGCAAAGUGCCUUAAUCACGACCUAACAAAGGGUCAACGAAAGGGGUCAGCGAAAGGUUCUCUGGAAAGGGGUUUCCGCGAGACCUUUUCCAAAAGAAGCCAAGAAGACUUCUUUUAGAGUCUAAAAGAAAUCCAACGGAUUUCUUUUAGACUCUCAAAGGAUUUCUUCUAGAGUCUCAAGGUGCCUCAGAGGCGCCUUGAGAUACUAGAAGAAAUCCUGGGAACUGAUUUCUGUAAGUCCGUUGCGUAGGAUUUGCAGUCAGGUCGGGAUUACCGGUCGAAACGCAGAUCCUACGCAACCUACUUACAGAAAUUAGUUCCCAGGAUCCCACAUACAACAAUUCCUCGGAUGUCAGCUCACAUCCGAGAACUUCGCGGAUGUGAGCUGCCAGAGAACUUUCACACGCAAAGUGCCGAACUUUGGCGCUUUGCUCGUGAAAGUUCGAUCCGCGUGUCCAAAUGAGGCGAUGUAGAAAAAACACGGAAAUCAUGGGAACUAAUUUCUGUAAGUCGCGUGCGUAGGACGUGUCGUCAGACCGGGACUAUCUGUCGGUUUACCAUUACCAUUACCUAUUCAGGCAGCUCUUGUUUACCGAUAUGGACGGACACAAUACCGCUGCGGUACCAUCGCGACUUCGCUCAUGAUCGAAAAAAUGUUGCGAUCAUGAGCGAAAAACAUAGCAAAAAAGGGCGACGAAUCGCGACGGUGGCGCUCUGUUUGUGGGUUUUGGUAUCAUCGCGCGGCCACCAGUGGCGCACUUUCAGUAGCUGACAGGCCGCCGCUUUUGCGUGGUGAGACAGGCGUUGCGCGUCUUGCCCCCAGACACGCGGAUAAAGGUGAGCCCGGCUCGCAGCGUUGGCGCCCUUCCGCCCCGGAAGGGCGCAGUCCGGCAGCCCAAGUACUGGCGGGCGUUUCUAAAAUGCCUGGAACCGUUGGGCGGUGCAUCGCUAGCGGGCCUCAGCAAGCCGGAGCGUAGUGGCCCUGUUUCUCUUGAAAGAAGGGUGAAGCCUGUGCUGCCAGCGCCGGCUCGGCCGGCCGCGGAAAUUUGAUUGUGCGUCCACGCACGCGCUGCAGAGCCCCGCGCACACACCGCGACCCUCUGCGAAGCGCCGGCGCCGUUGGCCUGUGUGCCGGCCUGUGCGAUUUUUUGGUAUGCGCGCCCGGGUAGCAAGGCAGCGGACAAAAAGCCCUCGGCGGGCCGGUUCCUCCGCGGGGCCGGACCUCCGGACGGAGCUCUGCGGCCCGGUUGGCUUUUUGUGGUCUGCUCCGGCUAACGAGCUGGGUGCUCCGGUGCGAGCGAGACGCGCACUGCCGCGGUGCGACAACGCGCGUGCCUGCCCAGUUCAUAUUAUUUUAGAGUCAUGGUUGGCGCAGAGCCCGUGGGGCUCACGGCCACCGAGACCACCACGCGUUUCUUGGUAGGCAGGGGUGAAUGGAAGGCCACGGCCAGCAACCUCGGGCGCGCGGGGGCUGCUCGGGCCAAUUUUCGUCCUUUUGCUUUUAUUUGUUGCUUGGCGUGGGUCUAGCGGUAGCGACUGUGGCCUGACCCAGGCCCUCCUCCCCAAGAAUCGGCGCGCAACGUGUGUGUUGGGCCGGGCCGCCGGAGCUCGGCAGUGGCUGGCGCAUUGCAUGCGCAUUGCGCUGCGGAGGUGACCCAGCCCGGUGCAGUGCCGGCCGUCUACCUUUGUCAUUGUAGUCGUAUUAGGGAGCCGUGGCCCGACGCGAAGCGGAGUUUACCAUUACCAUUACCUAUUCAAGCAGCUCUUGUUUACCGAUACCGAUUAGAUGUUCACUAUAGCAGAUCACCGACGAACUUUUGAUCUCCACCAAGACUUAACAAGUUCAACGUUUGCGUUUACCGAAUUCCGAAAGAAAGAGAUAACAAUAGCUGACAGUGCGCAUUGGGAGCGACGCGCUAGGCGGGAAAUCAUGUUGUACAUAUUGGCCGCGCGUACAUGCUCAAAAACAAAAUCCGAUGCGAAGUAUGCAUAUGUAAAUGUUGGAACUAAAUAUAUCAAUGCAAUGUAAAAAUCAUCAUUUCGCCGAAAAGAAAUUUCAUCAGAAGCAAAGCCAUCACAAGUUGGCGCACCAGACACAGCACCCUGCGCGAUGCGGCGACCAGUCCUCUGGACAACGGUGUUUCACGCGGACAGACCGCGACCACCUAUUAAAGUUCAUCACCGAAAUUACAACGACC